AUGGUCUGUUCAAAAUGUCAAAAGAAGCUCAAAUCCACCGAGCUUGCGACUCCUGGCGUCAAGCGCAAGAAUGAAAUGUACUACGGUUCCCCGUCUAGCACCCUCGGCGGUGGCGACAAAGGCAAAGCGACGCUUGGUGCUACUGGAAUCGGCAAGAGCAAACUUCUCAGCGCGAAGGCCAAAAAUCCUUAUGCGGCUUAUGCUUCUUCUUGCGAUAACUGCAAAGUGAAGACCGAGCAGGGCAAGAAGUUCUGUCAGCGGUGCGCUUACCAAAGGAAUGCUUGCGCCAUGUGUGGUAAGAAUUUGGCUGGAAAGGCGGCUAAGGACCAGCCUAUCGUUCAAGGACAGAAGUUCAACAUGGCAUAA